UUGCUCCUCUAAAAAAGUAUUUUGUUUUAUUCCCAGCCAUGCGUGUAAUUUAACACAAAUACCUUCACUUUCUAAUUUCAGUUUGUAAUGUAUGUGUGUUGGGACUGAAAACAUGCAGAGAUUGUCUCUUGCUGAAAUCAUAUUAAAUUGUGCCACGUUGGCCACUUAAAGACAUCAACUUAUCCUCGAGACUUAAGUUUCUUUGAACAAAAGUAGACAUUUGUAUUUUGGUAUUUUCAAGGUGAUCAUAAGCCUGUGGUUUAAUUUCAUCAGUCCGAUUUUCCUCAAGAUAUUUUUACCAUUUCACGAGAAGAGGAUGAUUUGAAUAAAUGCUGCUUUUGAUUUGUUGGAAACUCUGUUCGAGAUUUGUCCGCACUGCUUUUUAGUGAAAUCAUGACGACCUAACUGUGGGGAAAUUUUCCUCAACAAAAAUGAACUGAAACGCUGUGAGCUGCAUUUGUUUUACAGAGAGACAAAGUUGGGAUGGGCGAUGCGACUCUAAACUUAUGUCAUGGAACAUUUUGAACGUCUGAUUCUGGGAUCGUGACAAUUUACCGCCAAGAGUCCAUUUUUAUGUUGUGAGGCGGAGCUUCAUCAUGCUGGAGAGUUGACGUUCGCUCGGUAUUUGACAGCUGGCGCCACUACAGGAUUACGUUGCGAUUUUGAUUUGCUUGAAAUGUUCACGGCUUCACAUUGCAUACCGUGAAAUGUGUUUUUCACAACCAACUUAAAGCCAUUCUUCAACGGUUUUGACAGGCAGCUUGUCUUCAAAUGGCUUAUUUUAGCAUAAAAUGACAUGGCGGCACAGAGUCAUGGCACAUUUGAUGUAAUUUCAUGGUAGCCAGUUUAUAUCAUUGUGCAGUCUCUAACGGCUUGCCAUUAAUACAGGAUACACCCGUCAGACAAAGUUCUUAUAAAGAAAAUCACUUCAGGCUUGUGUUGACUUCAUUUUCUUUUCCAACACAUUGCCUCACAUCUCUUGCUUUAUAAAGCCAGAUGGCAUCUUUCAUUCUCCGUUCUCACUACAAAAUAUUAGUGUGGGAGUCCAGAGCAGCCACUCUGGUGGGGGGAGAAAAGUGUGCUUUAAGUUCAGCAAGUGUACAUUUGAUCAGAUACAGAAACGGUUUAUCUACGUUCCUUCAUGAAAUGAUGUUUGUGUCAAGCAAAAGACGUUGCCAAACCACAGUGGGUGAAGUGAAAUUGCAGGCUAGUUAGGUAAGGCUUUCACAUCCCUGCUGGAGGGAUAAUUGGGAUGGAAGUCCAAUGGAUCACCGAAUUUGCGUGACAGAUUUACAUUUGCAUUCAAUAACGUACAUUAAUUAUACACCGAUGUCCCACUGCUGGCUUUGUGCAAUAACUCAAAGCUAGCUCACUCAAAUGCAAACCUCCAGUGCCGCGUUGAUCUAAUAUCCUGCUGUGCAAGUGAGUGCCAGAAAAAUGCAGGAUGCAUUCAGAUUUUUUUAACACAAGGUUUCCGACGAAUUCGCACUUUAACCAGCACGAUUUGUUCCAAAUUUGAAUAUUUGCUGCAUUUAAAAAUGAAUUUUCCACAGCAUUUCCAUUGUCUGAACUUUGAUGUGAUUUUGAUCUGCAACUUUUGCUCUGCUAAAACUUUUCAUCUUUUCCAAGGAAUUUGAUCUCUUAACUCACUGACAUGUUUCAGGAUUGUGGACGACAAUUUAAAGGCGGUCAUUAGCGAUCGAACCGAAUAUUUUCAAGCAUUUGAGACCCAAGAAGAAAGAAACCAGUAAAGCCUUUGGAUCAAGUCAUGUCUCGCAGAAGAAGCCGCAGCCCAUCACCGGGGCGUUUUUCACGCUCCUGCAGCAGUAGCGAUCCGAGAGAUUUGGAGAGGCGCAUUUUUGUUGGGAAUUUGCCAACCUCCGACAUGGAAAAGAAGGAUUUGGAAGACAUGUUCAGCCCAUAUGGGAAGAUACUUGGCGUGUCCAUGUUUCGUGGGUUUGGAUUUGUACAAUUUGAACGUGUUGAGGAAGCCGAAGCUGCAAAGGCGGCCCAAAAGGGUCGAAUAUAUAAAGGUUAUAAAAUAGAUGUAAAUAUGGCAGUGGAGCGACGGCAAGCUAAACCUCAAUCCCAGCAGAGCCCUCCACGAAGGGCCCAGUAUGGAAGUUAUGGGGACAGCAAAGAUCCCCGGCCUCGGUCACGCUCACCCCUCUAUGCCCGUGAUACUCGGGACAGCCGUGAAUCUCGGGAAAGCCGUGAUGCACGUGAUGGGCGCGAGUCCCGGGACAGCCGUGAUGGGAGGGAUUCAAGGCCGGGUCGUGACCAUGAUUACCGGUACCGUAGCUCAGAGAGCAGAGACAAAGACCCCAGAGGCCCAGACCCCAGGGGCCCGGAUCCCAGGGGCCCAGAUCCCAGAAGCCUGGACCCCAGAGGCCCGGACCCCAGAGGCUCAGACCCCAGAGGGCCAGACCCGCGAGAUCCCCCAUACAGCAGAGAAGACUAUGACCGAUACUUCCGCAGUAGCAGUGGUGCAGACGAGUAUUACCGGAGGAAGGAUGAACCCUUCAGAGAUGCUUACAGAGACCCCUGGAACGGACGGCGUGAGCCAGAGGCAGCAGAUGAUCGUGCUCGACCUGAAGAGCGUCGGCGUAAUGAACUGUAUCGACAGUACUAUGAAGAACUCCAGCGGCGCUACGACACGGACCGUCCUGUAGACUGCUCUGUGAUUGUCGUCAACAAGGCGCAAAAUAGGGAGUAUGCGGAGACGGUCGGGCGGAAGGUUCGUGAUUUGGGCAUGGUGGUGGAUCUGAUCUUCCUCAACACAGAAGUGUCACUAACCCAGGCUCUGGAAGAUGUAGGCCGAGCCCGCACUCCUUUCGCCAUCAUCAUUACCCAGCAGCACCAGGUCCACCGGUCCUGCACUGUCAACAUUUUGUUCGGCACACCGCAAGAGCACCGAAACAUGCCGAUGCAGGACGCCAUGAUGCUGGUUGCCCACAAUUAUGACGCCUACAAAGUUGAAAACCGUGAAAAAGAACGUGAGGAGAUUGCCAGAAAGGCUGCCAAGAUGGCGGACGACGUGUUACUCAGGGAGGCUGACAGAGAGAGCCAUCCUAUUUCUGUGCUCACCGCCAUCACACUCCUGUCUGAAAACAGAUUUGUAACCCCAGAGGAACUGGAUGGUCUCAUUGCGUACCUGAAGGACAAAAGAGCCCGGCUGCUGCGGAACACUGCAGACCCUCUCGCAGCUGCAGUUCAUGUCUCAGCUCCUACAGCAGUGCACCAUGAAGUUGCGCCCUCCGCUGCAGGACUUCCUCCUCCGUCCCAUUCUUCACUCUCAGCCCCACAGAGCAGCCACCUCGGCCUCUCAUCUGCUGCAAGCGGCGGCGCAAACCCCAGCCAUCAGCAGGAGCUGCAGGCUAAAAUCCUCAGCCUGUUCAACAGUGGCACCGGGGCGUCAGCAGGCGCUGCUGGCCCACCCUCUGCCUCCCAGACGCAGGGCUACGCCUCCCUUAUGCCACCCAGCUCCCAAAACCCAACCCGCCCACCCUUACCUGCCUCAGCUGCAGCCCAGGGCUAUGGUCCCCCGCCGGGCCGCAUGCCAGGUGCACCAGGUGGUCAGAGACCCCCCAGCUCUGCUUCAGGUAUCAAUUUUGACAACCCGAGUGUACAGAAAGCUCUGGACACCCUCAUUCAGAGCGGACCGUCUCUCAACCACCUGGUGGGCUCGGCACAAUCUCAGCAGGCACCCCCCAGGCCUGCACCAAGCAUGGGCCAGGUCCCACCUAUGUCCAUGUAUCCCCGACAUUACUAAAAGGUUGUAGUGAAUUAAUUUCUUCUCCUAAUGUGAGGUCCACUCUCCCUGUGACACAAGUAGACACUCAGUUCUCUGUGCAGUGAUUUACCAGCUGUGUAUAGGUAGAUUGUGUGGUUGGAUGUUUUGUAAAAACUUUUAAUCUUUUUAUUUUAUUUUUUAUUCAGAGUGUCGUUCAGUUGAUGAAAUUGAUUAAAUUUACUUUGAUGACUCGACCAGUCUACCUAAUGGUCUGCAUCUUCAAUUGUUAGCCAGAAGAUCAAUAUUCAGUCUUCUUACAUGUUGAACUAUGAGACAGUUGCAUGUGUCAAAUACAGUCUGUUUUGGUUUACAA